ACAAGACAGGGCAAUUGGAGGUUGCUGAGAGACGCCUUCGUUCUGCGAUGGACAUUAAAAAGGCUGCUUAGAUGACAAUGACCUUGGUAUCUUCUAAUUAGUUUGCAUUAGUCGGACUACACCAAUAGCUUUAAAAUCUGUCAGCUGAAGUUAUGCCUGAUGUUCUGCAGUCAUAAACCAUGUGCAGACAAAGGUUGCCCAGCUUUCAAAUAUUUGGCGUGGAUUGUCCCUUGUAGUCUUUUUGUGCUACUGAAACCAACAUGAUUAUAUUGAGUUCAAUGGCUACACUGUAUUCUGCCCCUGCAUCAUUUUUGUUGUUGUAUUUGCCACUUGUUCUCAAUGUUGCAAUCGCUGCAAUUAUUUUCUGCAGGCCUCACAAAUGCAAUGAGCCUUGGUAAAUGCAUCACUGUUGCCAUAGUGGCAUGCCAGGCCCCUUCCAAGGUCGUCGGUCAGGUCAAAGUUGGCACGCAGUGCUGCGUGCCUCUAGCCGACAAGUCUGUCGGGUGCUCCUUCAAAGCACAGAGUGUGUCGAGGAGCGUGCAGACUACAGAGGCUGUGGAUGAGUCGAGCUCGACCUCAGCAUCAAGGCCUUCUAUUUCUCCUUCAAAGGCCAAGGGUGGCAACUCAAUUCAGGGAUGCCUCCACAGCUGUCCCCUCUGUGAUUAUGAGACCAAUAAGCUGUGGUGUAUGAAAGUACACGCCAGGAUCCACACUGGCGAGCGUCUAUUUGAAUGCCAUUUGUGCCUUCAGACUUUCUCACAGAGGAACAGCCUAAACAGGCACCUGCGUGUCCACGUGGGUGAGCAGCCGUUUCGAUGCCCUUCAUGUCCUCGGACAUUCUCCGACAUGCCCACCAUGAAGCAACACCUCUGCACCCACACAAGCAAGAAGCCCUUUCAGUGCCCUUCAUGCCCUCGGACCUUCAAGCAAAAGUCUAGAAUGCAGUCACACUUGCGCAUACAUACAGGUGAUCGACCAUACCGCUGCACCGUCUGCUCCAUGACAUUUCGGUGGCACGGUUGCUUGAGAACGCAUAAAAGGAAGCACCAGGAUACCAUAGUUUAAUUUCCUUGUUGAACUAGAGUCUGUGGUAGGAAUCUACAUACAUGUGUAGCAUGCUUCAUGUUCUGUGUAUCAGCUAGCACAAGUGUCAUCAUGUGCCCUUUAAUUUUGAAUUGCUAAGUCACCUUACAGGAGGUUCCAGCCUGAUCUAGGAAGUUGCAGGGACACUUGUAGUAAUAAGAUUGCAGUGCACUACAUUCGCCAUGUUCAGGUUAUAUUCC